GAGGCCAAGUGAGCAAAUGAGUGUACGCACAGUGCUAGUGUAGUCUAGUACGACGUGUAGCAUUAUAUUACAGCGAAAGUGCAGUUAGCAGAGCGUACUUGAGAAGUUGAGCUUUCUUUGUUGCUGUUGUUGUUUGAAGUAUGGGCCAGAACCAGUCAGGUGGACCAGGUGGAGGUCAUGGCGACAAGAAAGAUGACAAGGAUAAAAAGAAGAAAUAUGAACCUCCAGUACCAACAAGGGUUGGGAAAAGGCGGAGAAAGACAAAGGGUCCUGACUCCGCUAAUAAACUUCCCAAAGUCACCCCACACACUCGCUGUCGGCUGAGGCUCUUGAAGCUGGAGCGCAUCAAAGACUACCUCUUGAUGGAAGAGGAGUUCAUCCGCAACCAGGAAAGACUCAAACCACAGGAGGAAAAAGACGAGGAGGAGCGUUCCAAGGUGGAUGAUCUGAGAGGUACCCCCAUGUCAGUGGGCAACCUGGAGGAGAUCAUCGAUGACAACCAUGCCAUUGUCUCUGCCUCAGUGGGCUCGGAGUACUACGUCAGCAUCCUGUCCUUUGUGGACAAGGACCAGCUGGAGCCGGGCUGCACAGUGUUGCUGAAUCACAAGGUCCUGGCCAUAGUUGGGGUGCUGAGUGAUGACACCGAUCCCAUGGUGUCAGUCAUGAAACUGGAGAAAGCUCCCCAAGAAUCCUAUGCCGACAUCGGAGGCCUAGAUCAACAAAUUCAAGAAAUCAAGGAAUCUGUUGAGUUACCUUUGACUCACCCAGAAUACUACGAGGAAAUGGGCAUCAAACCACCAAAAGGAGUCAUUCUGUACGGUGCACCUGGAACGGGCAAGACUUUGCUGGCCAAAGCAGUAGCCAAUCAGACGUCGGCAACCUUCCUCAGAGUGGUCGGGUCGGAGCUGAUUCAGAAAUACCUUGGGGAUGGCCCUAAAUUGGUCAGAGAGUUAUUCAGGGUAGCCGAGGAGCAUGCACCAUCCAUCGUCUUCAUUGACGAAAUUGAUGCCAUCGGAACUAAAAGGUACGAGUCUAACUCAGGAGGUGAGCGUGAGAUCCAGCGCACCAUGCUUGAGCUUCUGAAUCAGUUGGAUGGGUUUGACUCGCGAGGGGAUGUCAAAGUCAUCAUGGCGACCAACCGCAUCGAAACACUGGACCCUGCACUCAUCAGACCAGGUCGUAUUGAUCGGAAGAUUGAGUUCCCUCUGCCAGAUGAGAAGACAAAACGUCGCAUAUUCAACAUCCACACCAGCCGCAUGACACUGUCUGAAGAUGUGAAUCUAGAUGAGUACAUUAUGGCUAAGGAUGACCUGUCCGGGGCAGACAUCAAGGCCAUUUGCACAGAGGCUGGACUCAUGGCUCUAAGAGAAAGACGCAUGAAGGUCACCAACGAAGACUUCCGGAAGUCCAAAGAGAACGUCUUAUACCGCAAAAAUGAAGGCACACCAGAAGGGCUCUACCUGUAAACCCUAAAACCCCUUCAAUUCAGUUUAAUGACUAAUGGUUGGUACAUGACAGCCAUAAAAGAAUGCUUAACAUUAAUAGCAGUUCAUGAAAAUUGAGGAACUAUAGAGAGGUAUGUUUUUGCUUGUUAAUGUACACAAAAUUUGUAUCGUCAAAAUAGAGGUACACGCUCUCGUUUGCAACAGGUUGUUAGAGGUGACUCAAAAAGUGCAGUCUUGUCUUAAUACCUGGAGUCUUUAAUGUGUUUUUUGCUCACCGUAUACUCCACACAAAGUCCUUCCAGGUUUGUUAUAUUCACAAGUCUCAAACAAUGUGAGUAUAUGUGCACAGAGAUCAUUAACCACUUAAAAGGGGUGUUAGUUUACAACAAACUCCCCCCAGGCAUGGAUUAUUCUUGGCCAGAAAGCUCAAUUUUGGGGAAGGACAAUGUAUGCCAGCAAAGUUUGCAAUAAGAUAAAACAAAAGUUGAAAUCAAACUCCUUUUUAUCAACCUGUGGGAGUCAUUUGUAUCCAAUGUGAAUGGUAUUUCCUCUUUUGAUCAAUUCAACGCUUUGCUUUGCAGUUACACAUGUAUAAUUGCUGUGAUAUGACAGGUGGUAUGCAACAGCCGAGUCAGGGUACGACUCAUGGUCAGCGUCCAUGGAUCUGUCAGACAGUGUAAAGCCAUGUCCUAAUGACUUGGCUGUGACUUGAAAUUAUACAUAUUAAACUCUAUUGAGAGUGGCCGCAGCCUCAACCAAUAUCAAGCCACAGCCAAGUAAUUUGGACAUGGCCUAAUAUGGGCAACUCACAGUACAGUGCGUCACCAAGAGGUUCUCAUGGAAAGGCCAUUUCGCUAGAUGGCUGAGUUGCUGCACUUCGCAUUUUGAGCAAAUGUCAGUAAACAAUUUGAGGAAAUGUUUGAUUGAUCAGGGCAUUCCAUGCCUCACAUAAAACACCAUUUUAUAUUAAUUAACAAUGAUACUCUAAACAUGUCCGAGUGAUGAACCAAGACAAAGAGAACAGGGGAACAGUCCAAGUUCCCCACGCACAGCAAAGCUGCCACAAAGAACUUUUAUCAAUCAUUUCCCCACAAGGCACUGCAAAAGAGGCCUCUCCAUGACAACCCUUUUGGUGGAGCACAGCAUUGGAGCACAGCAUUGUAAUCGCCCGUAUUGUAUGCAUAAAAUCAAUCAGAACCACCAAAUGUGAGAAUAUACAUACGUGUCACCUACUGCUGCAAAAUACAUCAGCAUAUUUUGUUUUGAAGUCUUCUGUUUGACUGAGUUUUCACUUGCAGUACUGGGAAGUCAUCAAGCUUAUCUGAGUCUUUAUUUACCGGUGACUCAUGUUUACAAGUAAUGUAAGCUGUUUACAGAUCAUAAGUAUUUUAAUGUUGAGUACAACAGCAGACUUACUUGUAAAUUGAGGAGGAAGUUAUAAUGUGCAAAAGGAACCUAAGCCAUCCAUUUUUCUGUUAGAUAAUAUCCCUGUCAUUAACAUGGCUUUUCACUCCAAUAGUUUGAUUUCCUUGGAAAUCUGAAUAGCUUUCAGUUUCACAUUUUGUUGCAACAAAAUAUUAAAAAAAGAAACAGGAAGAUAAAUAA